GGGAUUGAGAAACGGACAAACUCCAGCCAGCACUCGAGCCUCGAGCGCCAGCACCGCCUGAGAAAUUAUUGAUCGCUGGAACUCACGAGCUUUUUGUUCGCUAUUCGCGAUCGCAUAGACAUCGCGUCCGUGUGUAAUCAAAACUCAAAACACCCACCCCAAUCAAGCUAACCAUGAAAGUAUGAAAUGGGCAUAAAUACCGCGUGUACUCCGCGUUUAGGUACUCUCUUGGAAUAUUAAAAUGUUUGAAUAAUAAAGGUACUAAUCGAGAGAGGUUCGAGAGGAGCACGUCAGUACCUAGCGGAACUGUGAAUUAAGUGUGUGAGUGAGGCGUGAGAGACCUAGAAAGUGUAGGAAAUGUCAGAUAAAGACAGAGACUACAUCGGUUUCGCUACCCUCCCGGACCAGAUCCACCGAAAAUCAGUCAAAAAAGGGUUUGAAUUUACGUUGAUGGUUGUUGGUGAUUCUGGCCUUGGAAAAUCAACCUUGGUGAACAGCCUUUUCCUCGAAGAUCUCUAUAAGAACAGAAAAAUUCCCGAUGUCAACGAAAAAAUGACAAAAACAACAACCAUCGAAAAAAAGACCAUGGAAAUUGAAGAAAGAGGAGUUAAGUUAAGGUUAACAGUUGUGGAUACUCCUGGUUUUGGGGAUGCAGUAAAUUGCGAGGACAGCUGGAAAACUUGUAUCAAUUACAUCGAUGAGCAAUUCAGGCAAUAUUUUACAGACGAAAGCGGUUUAAAUCGAAGGAAUAUUCAAGACAAUAGGGUCCAUUGUUGUCUUUAUUUUGUGCCACCUUGGGGUCACAGUUUGAGACAAAUGGAUCUGGAACUGAUGAAGAGACUGCAUCACAAAGUUAAUAUAGUUGUAGUAAUUGCCAAAGCAGACACCCUUACCCAAGCUGAAGUUGCCAAAUUAAAAGUAAACAUACUCAACGAUAUUCGCAACAACGAUAUUCAGAUGUAUCAAUUCCCAGAAUGUGAUAGUGACGAAGACGACGAGUUCAAAGAACAGGACAGAGAACUUAAAGCAAGCAUUCCAUUUGCCGUGGUUGGUAGCAAUACUAUUCUCGAAAUAGCUGGUAAAAAAAUUAGAGGUCGGCAAUAUCCGUGGGGAGUUGUUGACGUUGAAAAUCCAAAACACAGUGAUUUCAUCAAACUCAGAAGAAUGCUCAUCUCGACACACAUGCAAGAUAUGAAGGAUGUUACAGAAGACGUCCAUUAUGAGAAUUUUAGGACACAGUGUAUUUCUCAGAUAUCCCAACACGCGCGAGAACGAGGGAAACUUAAACGAGAUUCUACUCCUUACGAUCCAGAUUUCUCUGAAACUGACAGGCUGUUAAUUCAAAAGGACGAAGAGAUUCGACGGAUGCAAGAAAUGUUGAAGCAGAUGCAGGAGAAACUGAAAGUAGAUGCUCAAGAUAACAAUAAGAAACACGAAAGUAUUAUCGAUGUGUAGAUUUAUUUGUAAGUUUUUAUUUAAGACCAAAGACACCUAGUUAAAUGUUUUUUUUUUUUCAUAUUUAUAACAAUAUUUAUAUGCGUAAUGUAUGUUAUUAAAAAUAUAUCAUUUAAAAUGAUAGUA